AUGGAGGCACUUCAAGUACUUGAACACAAGCAUCCAUUAAAGCUCGUUGAUUUAAAGCUACAAUUACAAAAUGAAGAAGAAGAAGAAGAUGGUGAUGGUGAUGCUGAUGUUGAUGAAGAUGAUGAUGGUGAUGAUCUGAUUACAAAAGAGGGCUUUAGAGGUGCAUGUGACAGGUGUGGUGAAGAAAUCAAUGUGUACCACAGGCACUACUACAAAUGUAUGGCAGAUUCAUCGUGUGAUUUCUCACUUCACAAAUUUUGUGGUGAGCUCCCAUCACGUUUGGAGAGCGCAUUUCACCCACAUCCUCUUACCAUGUUUAUGCUUCGUUAUAACUGGUCAUGCGUGGAUAUAAGAAAAAGGAUCAUCCAUCAUCCAUGCCACCCACACUUGCUAAUAUGUGCUAUCACAAAGCCUGUUUUAUGCGACUGUAGUGCUUGUGGGAGAAGACAUGAAGGGAUGUUCUAUCAAUGUAGUACCACUUGUACCAACUUCACCAUACACAAGAAGAUCAAAAAGCUAAACAUGAUCCCAGAUGCAGAGUAUGUGGUCAUGAUUUUCGAGCUAUGGAGAAUCUUUGGAUUUACAAAUGUCAUGAAUGCAUGUACUAUACCCAUGUGGAUUGCGCAACAUCAAGAAGAGAGCCAUUCAUGUCCAUCUUCUUGCGUUCUGGCAGAACCAGCAAAAACUAUAAAGUUGUUGAACAUCCUCAUCUUCUUCAUCUCCCAUUCCCUGAUGAAACAUACAGCCUACCAAAACACUUGUUUUUCCAACAAACUGAUCAUCAUCAUAAGGUGUGCUACUGAAAAUGAUGAUGAGAUUCAGACUCAGGGGGUUUGCAAUAACUUUGCUCUCCAUGAGUGGUGCACUCGACUCCCCCCAAUAAUAGAAAACCACCCGGGCCACCCACAACAUACCCUCCAUCUCAUUUACUUAAACAUCCCUGGUUGCAUGUUCGAUGUGUUCAAAUGCAAUGUUUGUUAUCUACAUUGCAAUGGGUUUGCCUAUGGUUGCGUCCAAUGCAAAUACUAUGUUGAUGUUACAUGUGGGCUUUUACCUAAAGAAAUCACACACAAAGCUCACAUGAAUCACCUUCUUUCAAUAGUUAACUUAGAAGAUAGGGAUGAUCAUACUUCUUGUUAUAUGUGUCGCCGACAUCAUACUCCAUGUCAACUUUCAUUCCGUUGUGGCACGUGCGAUAUUUAUAUACAUCCCGAAUGUGCUUUGUUAUUAGCCGAGAGAGUCAGGCACAAGUAUGACGAGCAUCCCAUGCAACUAAGUUACCUCCCGAUUGAGAACCACAAGAGUGAAUACUUUUGUGAAAUUUGUGAGGAGGAUCUGAAUCCUCAUCAAUCUUUCUAUCAUUGUAAAGAUUGUGUUCAGUCGAUACAUACUGCUUGUGCUCCGUUGAUACUUCAGAGCGAGACACAUACCUAUAUCAAGUAUUGGAGAAGCGCUUAUGAAUUCGUGAAUAUAAAGUUUGGAGGCAUUCUCAAUACCAAUCGUCGCCAACAAGGCCCUCUCACAUUUGCUCAAGGUCUUAUGUCAGAUGGUGAAUGUAGCAAGUGUGGUUGGGGAGUACAGUAUGACAUGGUCUUUAAAAGGUUCGACUAUAAAUUUGCAAUUCAUUACGUCUGUUAUAAGUAA